AUGGAGGCCCUCGCAGCAAUCUCGCUGACCAGCAAUAUCUUCCAGUUCGUCGGGAUUGGAUUCAAGCUCCUAGCAGCCUCAAGGGAGUUUUACGGAACCGGCAAAGAGAUAGGUCAAUCGAACCGGGACCUAGGCCUCGUCACGCAGGAGAUGAAACGCCUGAGCUUGAAGCUAGCCAAGGACGCUUCCUCAAAGCAAUGCCUGGAAGAUUACAGCAGUCUAAUCAGACUUGCAACCGAGUGUGCGAGAUCGUCCGAUGAUCUACUGGCGCUUCUAUCAAAACUCGAGAAUCAAAAGCCCAACAGCCGGAGACACGCAUGGAGAACCGCUAUACGGAACAUGAGGAAGCAGGACGAGAGGACACAGCUUGAGAAAGACCUUGAUAACUAUCGCAAACAAAUCGACAUCGAGUUUGCCAGUCUAACCAGAUCUGAGACUCUACAUAAACUCGACAGUAUAGUAUCUUCAACGGAGUCAACUAAGGAGGAGAUUUCGCGCAUAAAAGAAAACACUGCUCUUAUCCGUCAAGCCCUGCAAUCGGCUUAUAUCAGUGAUGGAGCGCUCGAUGGCCUUCAACGUCUUCUACAGAUUUCUGAAAAGCCCCACCAGAAGUCAAUAUUGGCGGCAUUAUGGGUUAAGGGGAUGCAAGAUCGCUUUUAUGACGUCGCGAAGGCCCACGCAGACACGUUCGAAUGGAUUCUCGAACUCCCGCAGAAGCCGCAGGCAUAUGAUUUUGACGGCCGCGGCGGCCUACCGAGUCAAUCCAGCCUUCCGACCGACAUCUUCAGACAAAAAGCCAAUACAAGCUUCGUCGACUGGCUACGGCAUGGUCGUGGUAUCUACCACAUAUCGGGCAAACCAGGGGCUGGGAAAUCGACGCUCAUGAAGUUCUUGAGCCGAGAUCCGAGGACCAUGCAGUACCUCCAGACCUGGUCCGGCGGAAAGACGCUUGUUUUCGCCAAGUCCUUCUUCUGGAGACUCGGUCGCAAUGCGCAAAAGAGUCUGAGUGGGUUGAUCCGGUCUCUCCUCUAUCAAGUUCUUUCGGGCUCGCCAGAACUCUUACCAGUUGCAUUCCCUCGUCGAUGGUCUGAAACAGACUCACCCGCGUUAUCUGAUGUUGGCUUGGACCGAGGCGACGUGGAGGAAGCCUUUGAUCUUUUGAUGCGGAGCGAUCCUACUUUCCAAAGUCACAAGUUCGCGUUCUUCAUCGAUGGCCUGGAUGAGUAUGAGGGGCGCCACAUCGACAUAGUCCGCCAAUUCUUUGAUUGGUGCUCUCUUCACCCGGAGAAUGUCAAGAUUUGCGUAUCAAGCCGUGAAUGGAACGAAUUCAUGGUUGGCUUUGAGAAAUGCCCCAAGCUCCGGAUUCACGAAUGCACCGAGAAAGACAUCACACAAUUCGUCACCGACAAGCUAGAUGCGCAGUGUCAAUACCUCACGCUCGUCAGCAACGAUGAACUCGAGUCGCUUGCCAAGGAGAUCGUCCGCAAGGCUGAGGGAGCCUUUAUCUGGGUACGACUGGUCUUGACAGCUGUAGAAGACGGUGUACUUAACGGUGAUGAUGCAUCUGACCUGCAAGCGAAGGUUGCGUCGUUUCCAAAUGAGCUAGAGGGCCUAUAUCAGUACUUAUUUGAUUCAAUACGCGGCACCGACCGCCCAAAGGCUUUCGAGAUGCUGAGACUGGCUCACCACAUUAGACGAGAUCAAGGACUCCCGUUGCUUCGAUAUUGGUUUCUGAACGAAGCCAAUGCCAACCCAAGCUUUGCCCUCGCUAUGCCGAUUGCACAGGAGCCUGCAGACGUAUCGAGACAUCUCAAUAUUACUCGAAGGCAAAUUUACGGACGCUGCAAAGGCUUUUUGGAAGUUUAUCCUCCAAGGGCUUGGCAAACAGCUGAGGAUGGAGAAGUCAAGUAUAUGCACAGCACAGUUCACGAGUUUCUGCAAAAAGACCACAUCAGGAAAAUCAUCGACGAUACAGUCGGACACGUCGACUUCCUCGAGAGAACAUGUCAGACCUUCCUGGCCACUAUCAAGUUUGGCGCGCCCGACGCAUAUUAUACGACAGAGCCGGACGACCCAGAUUCGAUAUUCAAUUCUGAACUGAGUAGCAUCAUGGACUCCGCUGCGCGAUCAAAACUGCCAGUGCAGCGUUGGUUUAUAGAUUUUCUCAACAAACUCGACGUAGCUGCUGCUGCUGCGCUGAGCAAGCUCAAGCUCACAGCGAAAUAUACCAUCAUCUGGGCAAAACAUCCGGUAUCCGACUAUUCCUAUCAAUACUUGCGCCGUGAAGCCACUCAGCCGGGGCAAGUCAUAGAGACAUUUGCUAUUGGAAGCUUACUGCAUGAGUAUCUAGCAGUGAAGGAUCCGGAAUAUCUGCUGUCUUUAGCAAGACCUGCCAGUGAGGCAAGCUAUCACUCAGUUGAUCUUGUGACAUUGCUUCUGGGGGCACUUGGCUAUAUCGAACCACUCAGCUAUGAAGACUUGCACAGGACCCUCCUGGACUAUGAUCGGUUAUACUUCACGUGCAAGUUGGCCUUCGAGUGUGGAGUCACUCCCAACUGCAUCUCUCAAACCUGGGAAGGAUUCUCCAUGUUUGAGUGCUUCAUGCACUUCUUCCUCUUCUCCCCCUACAGUCUUGUAUACGGUGGGACUGAAGCAAAAUCGGUAGCGCCUUUGCGGCUCAUCUACCUGUGCCUCAGACAUGGCGCAAGAUCAACAUUCCAACUCGAAUUUGGCCCCACGUACCGGCAAGGUAGAACCAACUCUACCAUCGUUCAAGUAGAUACAAACUUGGCCCGGUCAUCAUAUGCUCGCAAGGGCCGACGCCUUGUACCCCAGGUAACGCAUAUUCCGACCACACUGCCACUCGUGGCUCUCGCAAAAGAGCGAAACUGGAUCGUUAACCUCGGUGAUCUUCUUGCCUUUUGGUUUCCUGGAGACGGCGACGAGUUACGUUCUAUGCUUGAUAACAACAACGGUUCUGGGGAUUCCUCGGCCAUAGCUCCGCGACCUGGUCCACAACUACUCCAGCGCCAAGAUGAGAGUUCUAGAGACUGGGCUGCGGUUGAGUUAGGCGAACAGGCGAUUCCGAGCUCCCCAAGGUAUAACAACAUUCCAGAAGGCUACGAGCUUGUGGAGCAAUCAGCUUUAUAA